GGCGUCUGUCUGUAUCAACCAUCAAAUUCGCGAUUAGAGGCUUGUAACAGAGCUCUAGACGUGAUAUUGAAGUUAUUACUACUUCAAUACACAAUCUUUGAAACAAUAAGAGAAGGUGCUUCACGCGCUACUCAUACAAAAUGGCGAACAAGCAGGGAAAGAUGGCCGGUCUCAUCAACUACCGGAUGAGGGUGACCAUGAACGACGGUCGCCAGAUGAUUGGGCAGAUGUUGGCUUUCGAUAAGCACAUGAACCUCGUCCUUGCCGAUACCGAAGAGUUCAGACGUGUCAAGCGCAAGGCAACCAAGCCCAGCGCCGCCCCCGGCGCGGCAGGCUCCUCUGCACCACUCGUCGAGAACGAAGAGAAGCGCACCCUCGGCCUCACGAUCGUGAGAGGUGCCCACAUCAUUUCCCUCUCUGUUGAGUCCCCGCCACCGGCCGACCCCUCGGCAAGACUCGGAACAAGCGCGCCAGGGGGAGCCUCUGCGGCAAUGGCUGCUGGCCCCGGUAUUGCUAGACCAGCGGGCCGUGGUCUCCCAGUUGGACUCACUGGUCCGGCUGCUGGUGUUGGAGGAGCGCCUCCUGGACUUGGAGGGUUUGGCGGAGCGCCACCAUUUGCUGGAAGAGGCGCGCCUCCUGGAUUCCCAGGCGGAUUCCCCCCACCACAAGGCUUCGGAGGGGCACCUCCGGCAGGUUUCCAGCCCCCUCCAGGAUUUGCUCCACCAGGAGCACCGCCAGGAUUUGGUCGUGGAAGGUAGAUACCCAGGGGCAAUUAAAGAGAGAUUGCAUCACGAUAUCAGGCUUUGUGACUUGGUGUGGAGGGAUGAUAGUAGUUCAAGUGAUAUAAGGCGUCAAAAGGGGCGGCGUACCGGCUUCGCAUACCAAUGGAAAAGUUAUAGCAUAGAGAGCGACAAUUCCAUACGUUAUAUGACCA